AAAGUUGAGCGAUCAGUCUCCGAAGAGAUUUCCAUCCAGGGAUCUUGUUGUGCUUCAAGCUGAAGCGAAUCCAAUAGGAUUUUUGUAUCGUGCGUGGAUGCUGUUUAUAAGCUAAACAUUGAAAACAAAGCAAAGUUUGUUGUUCAUGCUAGGUUUUGAGCCGUUUAAUACACGAUCCUGCAAAUAGUGUGUGCUUUCGCAGUUAUUCGAAACCAUAUGCUGAAACAUGCGUUGAUGUGAAUCAUCCAGAACGAAAUCAACUGAAAUAGGAUACAUCCUAAAACCGGUCUAUAGUUAUCCAGAGUGCGGGCUCGUAAAAAAAACAGCAGCCAUGAAAUCUCCCUUGCCUGUCCCAGAAAUUUUUGAAGAAGACUUUUCGUUCAAACAGCCUCGAGGAAAUCAUGAUUCCUUUCAUAUGCGUCGGCCACCGAAGAUACAGCAUCCGUACAAUCGCAGCCUUAACGCAUCCGUAGCGAACGCAAUCUCGUUCCGAUUGAACGAUAGCCGGGCCGAAUUAAGCUCAUUGUACAAUCGUUCUCGUCCGGAGACCUACUACGAACAAUGCUUCGAGCAGCUGAAAAAGGUGGGCGAGGGAUCGUUCGGGGAAGUGUUCAAAGUACGUAGCCGUACCGACGGUCGCCUGUAUGCCGUGAAAAAAUCGAAAACCUACUUCCGCAGCUCGUAUUGCCGCAGCAACUGCUUGGAAGAGGUACGACAGUACGAGCAAUUUUCCGAUCACGAAAACUGUGUGAAACUCUACCAAGCCUGGGAACAGGACGAUCGGUUGUACAUGCAAAUGGAGCUGUGCCGGGAAAACCUGGAGGUGUAUGCACGCGAACAGCAGCAGCUUUCCGACGAACGAAUAUGGUCGAUACUGUUGGAUCUACUACUGGCCCUAAAAAGCCUACACGAUCGCAACCUAAUUCAUCUAGACAUAAAGCUGGACAACAUUCUCGUCACGGACGAUGGAACGUGUAAGUUGGCCGAUUUUGGGCUCGUUUUCGACCUCACCAAAGGCAAAACGGAGGACGCUAUGGAAGGUGAUUCACGCUAUCUGGCACCGGAGUUGAUGGCCGGUCGGUACACGAAGGCGGCCGAUAUAUUCAGCUUAGGAAUCGCGACGCUCGAGCUAACGUGCAACCUAGAAUUGCCCCGGAAUGGACGCAUGUGGCAGCGACUGCGCAGUGGACAACCGUUGCCGGAGAAUCUGGCGCGGAAAAUCUCGCCAUCGUUGAGGGAGAUUAUUGUUCGCAUGAUGAAGCCACUGCCGGAGGACCGACCAACGGUGGAUGCGCUGCUGAAUCAUCCGAUAAUCCGGAAGUUGCACCAGUCAAGAAAACGAAGAUCGUACUUUCGCCGCAAGCUGUCUUCUCUUUGGCGAUUUGUGGUUACCGCCGUCAUGUGGUUUGCGGCUUGCCUACGCCUGCAGCAUCGAAAGUUUCCCGCGGACAAGACGGAAACCGUUGCCGAACACAGCGUGAAAGAGCAGAGCAUGCGGACCAAUCAUGAAGCGAGUAGCUGUUGUGGGAGCGCAAUGAAUAUUUCCAACGCGUCAAGUGGACACCGAAAUGGAGUAUCUUUUGGAGUGUCGCGGUCUUUCCAGGAUCACGUCUCUAGUUUGCUGGCAGAGGAUGACAUGUUCGAUGAUUUGUCCUCGUUCGAAAGCAGUCCUUGCAGUGGGAAUACUCGGAAUAUCCGUGCUCACUUCUUACGCGAAAGUUUCCAGGACGACUCCUCUGACAAUGAUAAGAACAGCGUGGAAGUAACGCCGACAUUGAACAACUCCAUCCCCGUUCACACUCCGACGAUCCGUAUUGUCAACUCAACCCCGCUGAAUCAUCAUCAUCUACAGCAUCAUCUGCAAAACGGUCAGCUGCCGUUGCAGCAUAGUCGAAAUGAUUCUCGGCACUCGAGUAGAGUUUUAUGGUCGCCUUCGCGGCUCCUGUGUUUCGACGAAGACUUCGAUGUUCCAUCGGCAUCGGAUAAUGGUCCAUCGCGUCGAGUCCAUUCAACACCGUGUCAAGUUCCUCGGCUAAAUGAUAGCGACAGUGAUAUUCGUCCCCUUGGGCCUUCCCCGCCAAACCUUAACGCAUCCAUAUGCGGCGAUGCAUCCAAUGACCUCCUAUCACCGUCCGCCACGGUGCGCGAACUGUCCAUCUCCAGUACACCAAACUGUUCCUUACUCCGUAGUGCCGGUGCCUCGGCCUGUGAUACUCCAUCCACCGGCUUUUCGUCUUUUUUAAUAAAGAAAAAGUUGUGUUUCAAUGAGGACGACGAUUCAGAAUGAUACAAUAGGUCCUCGCAAUUGGCACUGAAAAUGAUUGCCUAUAACGCAAAGAAGAAGUUGUACCCGUAUACAACGAUAUUUUUUCGGCGGAAGUUCAAAGAGCAUUAGAUCUCAAAUGCUAAACAUACUAGUAGUCCCGCAAUGCAGUUUAAACAGGAUUUAAUCAAAUCAAAGAGUCAAGAAAAAGCUGUGUUUAAACGAAAAAGCAAGGAAGAGUAGUAUUUAGUGUAUCGCACAUCGCGAACAUGUUUUGCGACCAAUAGGGUAUGGGAUUGGGACAACGCAGAAAACAUAAUUUAAAAUUCGUUGCCGUUACACGCAAGCAGUAGGAAUAGAGAUGAAGCAGCAGGGUUUAUUUAACAAGUAUUGUGAUAAUUUUCUACCACGUAGUUUCUGUUCUCUAUUUACAAAUCCUUCUGCCUUCCUUCGCGGAAAAUGGACACGGUUGAAGUUGCUAGUUUUUCACUCACGCUAAAGAUAUGGUCUCAAAGCAAGGUGUGUGAUUAGUGUAGAAAAAAAACAUAUUUCCAGAUAAUAACGUCAACUGUUUUUGCACACCGUUAUGUAGAUAACGGUCUUUACAUUUCUAACGAUAUUUAAGAAAAGAUAGCAGAACCCUUUACAAAGUGUGUACCCAACUUCUAGUGAAGCUAGAGAAUAACCUCGAUGAACAAACUUUUGAAGUAACACCGUUUCGUUAGCAGAUAGUUUUAGUCUACUAAACUAUGGUUAACAAAUGCCACCAUGAUCCUUUUCGAAAGAGGAUCCUCAUCUGCUGUUGAACUUUACAAUAGUAAAUAAUGUAUUAAUAAUUGGCAAAUGGAAGAAGGUAUAUCAGUGGAUAUCAUCAUAUAGUCACAAAUAAAUAUGUUUCAUGUAUUUUCUAUA